UUCGGGUUUGACUCGGGGCUUGUCAGCUAGGCUACAUUACGCCAGGUCAGGUUGUGGCGUCUAUGUGGGGGAAAUCCGCAUAGCGGGAUUGCAUGCUGUUUUAUGAAAGAAUACCUAGUAUUUUUCUCGAAUAAACUACCAGAUACAAAUCUGCUCUGAGUCCACGGAGGGAGAAAAAACAUAUACAAAUCCUGAUUCCAUUGCCGGCAGAAAGAGGGAACUUCGGCUUUUGUUUUGUUAAAAAAAAACAAGUGAAGAAGACCUUUGCAGAUCUGUCUGUUGGAUAUGAUCUGAAUUGUAAAGGAGGCAAAUCAUUUUGAACUAUCCAUUGUGUUUCAUGGAACUUGCCAUUGCGGGCAUCGAGCACCUCCCGCCCCUUCGCCUCUAUCCCAAAAUACUGGAGGCUAUAGCAAUAGCAGUGACGACCUGCAGCAUUGGAUGAGACACGGGAUCCAAGGUACACUUGACCACAAUAGAAACCUGUUUUGGACGAUUUCUGCUCCCCCGCAUCGUUUACCUAACUCCGUUAGAUAGGUACGCAUCAUCUCGUUUGUUCGGUUGUGCGUAAAAAAAAGCUCCUUGGAUAUCUUCGGCAGAUCUCAACGCCAAUCUACCGUACGGACACCGAUUCGUGGUGCGUAGUUCAAAAGCUACUGAUCGUUGGAAUAACUACAGUCAGUCAAUAAUUGAUGCUUUCCACGUCGGCUCAUUAGCUUGAAACUAGUUCCAAAUCGGCAUCGGUUCUGAAGGUAACGGCGUAUUCCCAACAUACCUGGUCCAAACCAUUUGGAGUGAAUUGAUCCAGUCCACUAAGGGGAAGCUAUCAGAGAAGUUCCGGAGAGUUGAAGCGCCGUGGCGAUGUUGGCGAGUGUUUGGAUUGUCCUCCUGGCUGUGAACAUAGAAGCUGGAGAUGGACAGAGUGUCCAGAUGGACUCCAUUAAGUCAGGCUUCGUGGGCUCCCAGGUGGAGCUGCGUUGUAUCUUCGUUAAUUCCAACCCUCCAGUCAAGAUCUCUCAGGUGACGUGGCAGAAGUUCCUGAACGGCACCAAACAGAACGUGGCCAUCGCCAACCCGUCGCUGGGGGUGUCCGUGCUCCCGCCCUUCAAGGAGAGGGUGACCUUCAAGCAGGCUGCGGUCCGCCACCGCACCCCGUCUCUGGAGGAUACCACCAUCAUGUUCUCCAACCUGAGGCUGUCUGAUGAGGCCGCAUACAUCUGCGAGUACACCACCUUCCCUGCUGGGAACCGAGAGAACAUGGUCAACCUCACCGUGUUUGCCCGACCUCAGACCCGAAUGACCUUGACCACGCCCACCAUCGUGGCCCGCCCCCAGAAGCGGAAGAUGACCGUGGCGACCUGCCUCUCGGCUAAUGGAAAGCCUCAGAGUGUGAUCAAGUGGGACACGAGGCUGAAGGGCGAAGCCACGUUCCAAGAGACGCAGAAUGCCAACGGCACGGUGACCGUUAGGAGCAACUAUGUGGUCGUGCCGAGCAGAGAGACACACAAACAGAAACUCACCUGCAUCGUAACCUACAACAACGAGAGGAUUACAGACAGUGUCGUGCUCAACGUGCAAUAUGAACCGGAGGUGAAGAUCGAGGGCUUCGAUGGUAACUGGUACCUGGACCGUCAGGAUGUCAGCCUCACCUGCAAAGCUGACGCUAACCCUCCUGUUACCGUCUACCAGUGGAAAGUGGUGAAUGGAUCUCUUCCCAGCACCGUGGAGAUUCUUAACAACUCUCUGAUCUUCAAGGGCGCGGUGACCUAUGAGCUAGCUGGGACGUACGUGUGUGCUGCCACCAAUGGGAUUGGGACUCGUACUGGUCUGGUCCAGGUUAAUGUUACUGAAUUCCCUAACAACCCACCACCUGGGGGCCCUGAGAUCCCGCAGGAGCAGCACAAUGCGGGUGCCGUCAUCGGGGGCGCCAUGGGCGGGGUCGUCCUGUUAGCAGCGGCCGCCACCCUGCUCUUUGUAUUCCUGCGCCGCCGCCAGCGCACCUUCAAGGGCGACUACAGCACCAAGAAACAGGUGUUUGGGAACGGCUACAGCAAGGCCGGGGGCCUGCCAGCCCACCCUCCCAUCCCCAACAACCUGCAGUACCCAGACGACUCAGAUGACGAGAAGAAGCCUGCCCAGAUCGCUGUGACCGGAGGGUUUGAUGCGAGCGAGCGUGAUUUUGACGGAGAUGCGGAGGACUUGAAGAGGCCCUAUUUCACGGUGGAUGAAGGAGAGAGCAGAGAUUAUGACGAACGGACUCUUGCUUUCCAGUACGACCCCGAGACGGAGAUAGCCGAUGAUAUGGUGUCCCAAACCGAUGGCUCUGUCAUUUCAAAGAAAGAGUGGUAUGUGUAGGGGACACAAACAACCAAAUCAACCAACCGACCUCCCGUCUCACCCUCCUACCAUUCCCCUACCACCACCACUACCACCCCCUCUCCUCCAUUAGUCAACCCCAUCCCGCUUUUCAUCUCAGACAUUCAGUCCAGUGCCCCUCCAAACCCCCAACCCCAUCAGAACCCAGUCAAUUAAAACCAUGUUUUAAAAAAUGCACUAUCAAGUCCUAAGGAGCAUGCAACAACAUCAAAAUGUCAACAA